GGAGACUCCGCGCAGCGGGACGCGAGCGCGCGACCUGGCGCCGCCGCCGCCGCCUCCGCGCUCGUGGCCGGGACCCGCGGGGCCGCCUCCUCCCGGCUCCCCGGCGCCGCUGGGCUCCCGGGCGGGCGGCAGGUGUAGCGCGGCCGGGCGGCCGGCGAGGGGGGCGCCGCGGCGGGUGGAUGAGAGUUGGCCCCGAUAUCCGCUCAGGGGAGCCCGAGCGUCAUGUUAGGGUGAAGCAGAGGACCUCAGUGCUGAACAUGCUAAGGAGGUUGGACAAAAUCAGGUUCAGAGGUCACAAGAGAGAUGACUUCCUCGAUCUAGCGGAGUCUCCAAAUGCCUCGGACACCGAAUGCAGCGACGAAAUCCCCCUGAAGGUACCGCGGACCUCGCCCCGGGACAGCGAGGAGCUGAGGGACCCUGCUGGUCCAGGGACCCUCAUCAUGGCCACAGGAGUCCAGGACUUUAACCGGACAGAGUUUGAUCGACUGAAUGAGAUCAAAGGUCACCUGGAAAUUGCCUUAUUGGAAAAACACUUCUUACAGGAGGAGCUCCGGAAGCUGCGAGAAGAAACCAACGCGGAGAUGCUGCGGCAGGAGCUGGACCGGGAGCGGCAGCGGCGGAUGGAGCUGGAGCAGAAGGUGCAGGAGGUGCUGAAGGCCAGAACCGAGGAGCAGAUGGCUCAGCAGCCCCCAAAAGGGCAGGCCCAGGCCAGCAAUGGAGCAGAGCGCCGGAGCCAGGGGCUGUCCUCGCGCCUGCAGAAGUGGUUCUACGAGCGGUUCGGGGAGUACGUGGAGGACUUCCGGUUCCAGCCUGAGGAGAACACCGUGGAGACAGAGGAACCCCUGAGCGCCCGCAGGUUAACUGAAAAUAUGAGACGGCUCAAGCGCGGUGCCAAGCCGGUCACUAACUUUGUGAAGAACCUCUCUGCCUUAUCCGACUGGUACUCCGUCUACACGUCUGCCAUUGCCUUCACCGUGUACAUGAAUGCCGUGUGGCAUGGCUGGGCCAUCCCAUUGUUCUUAUUUCUAGCAAUUCUGAGGUUAUCCCUCAAUUACCUCAUCGCCAGGGGGUGGCGGAUACAGUGGAGCAUCGUGCCCGAAGUGUCUGAGCCCGUGGAACCUCCAAAGGAAGACCUGACUGUGUCUGAGAAGUUCCAGCUGGUGCUGGACGUCGCCCAGAAAGCCCAGAACCUUUUCGGGAAGAUGGCUGACAUCCUGGAGAAGAUCAAGAACUUGUUCAUGUGGGUCCAGCCGGAGAUCACACAGAAGCUGUAUGUGGCGCUCUGGGCUGCCUUCCUGGCCUCCUGCUUCUUCCCCUACCGCCUGGUGGGGCUUGCCGUGGGACUCUAUGCUGGUAUCAAGUUCUUCCUCAUUGAUUUCAUCUUUAAACGCUGCCCGAGGCUGCGCGCCAAGUACGACACGCCCUAUAUCAUCUGGAGGAGUCUCCCCACCGACCCGCAGCUCAAGGAGCGCUCCAGCGCCGCGGUCUCACGCAGGCUGCAGACGACCUCGUCACGGAGCUAUGUACCCAGCGCACCGGCCGGCCUGGGUAAAGAGGAGGACGCCGGCCGCUUCCACAGCACCAAGAAGGGCAAUUUCCACGAGAUCUUCAAUCUGACAGAAAACGAGCGUCCGCUGGCGGUGUGCGAGAACGGCUGGCGCUGCUGCCUCAUCAACAGGGACCGGAAGAUGCCCACGGACUACAUCAGGAACGGGGUGCUCUACGUCACAGAGAAUUACUUGUGCUUCGAAAGCUCCAAAUCUGGGUCCUCAAAGAGGAACAAAGUCAUCAAGCUAGUGGACAUCACGGACAUCCAGAAGUACAAGGUCCUGUCUGUCCUCCCAGGCUCAGGCAUGGGGAUUGCCGUGUCGACGCCAUCCACCCAGAAACCGCUCGUGUUUGGUGCCAUGGUGCACAGGGAUGAGGCCUUCGAGACCAUUCUCAGCCAGUACAUCAAGAUCACCUCAGCGGCAGCGUCUGGCGGGGACAGCUAGUAUUGACUUGCCCAGGACGUUGCUGGAAUUUUCUUUUUUUUUUCCUUUUUUUUUUUUUUUACGAUUUGGUAGUGGAAACAAUUGGACAUCCUCAUGAGCUUUUGCAAUAAUUCUCCUGGACCUGUGGUUCUAUUGUGUUGAGCUCUGCGUUUUAUCGACCAAGAAGGGGCCAGGGCUCACAGGGACGGGGGUGCCCCUCUCCCACAGGGCACGUCAGGUGCCUCUGAGGGCCACCCGCAGACUGGGGGAGGGGGCAGAGGCCCUCGGGGGCCCGUGGAGAAGACACACAGGACCCCUGGCCCUGCCCUUCUCCGUUCCAGCCUGGACAGAGAAACCUCUCCAGCCACCCCGAGAGGUUCUCGCAACCUUGUGUCCCACUCUCUAGAGGCCGGAAGCUCGUCCGCCACCAAAGCCAUAGCUGAAGAGUGCGGGGCCCUUCCUCCUGGGGACAGAAAGAUGUCAAGGAGGGACAUGGGGGCCUUUCACCAACCACCGAGAAACGGGCCUGGCGGUCCUCCUUCCUCUUACAUGAGACCCUCCUGUGGCAUUUGCCCUUGGUGACGGGCUGGGGCCGGGCGCAGUGACCCUGCCUGUGCUCCACACUCGCUCUACGGGAACAGGGAGGGUGAGAAGGGCCCACCCCUCGCCUGCCCUCAGUGUCUUUGGUGGCGCCUUCCUUGCUGGCCUCCAGGGCGCUCAGCACCGCGUCUGUAAGGGCCCGCCUGCUGCUCUCGGCCUGACACGCCGGCCAGGAGGUCUGUAGCUGGGGACCGGUAAGGGCACAGGAUGGUGCAGGUAAAAGCACAUCUUUCUCACACUUUGCUCUUUGGAAGGCCCAGGAGAACAUCCGCGAAGGCUGCUGGAGACACUCCGAGCACUGUGGCGUGUCUGGCACGUGGCCCCCAGGCUGCGGUUGCCUGGGUUGGUUGGGGGAGGAAGUGGGGAGGAGUGUUCCGGGACCAUGGUGGCCCAGGCUGCAGCCGCCUUUGGGCCAUCCGAGAGGCUCUGGCAGCCCCUGUGCUUUAGGGAGCAACCGUGAGCCGAGCCCAGAGGCUUGGGCCUGCACUGCCUGCAGCCGACAUGCGACAGUGUUCCCUCCCCCACGUGCCUAGCAGGUGCCAGUCCGGGCACAGACCCCCCCAGCCCCUGCCCCACCCCAGGGAAGCCUGGGCUUCCCGGGAACAAGGUGGCAUUUGUGGAGGGAGCGCCCGCAGGCCUGGUUUGCUGGGGCCGCCUGCACUGGGCUGAAGGGAGGGAAAGGCGGCUUGGGCCUCCUGGAAGGAGGUGGCCACCCCGCGGGCCUGCGCGUCUGCUGGGGCGGAUCCCGCAGCUCCCUCAGCUAGUCCUGAGUCCCUUGGGUGUUGUUGAGAUUGUUGUUUUUUGAAGAAACAGAAGAUUAUAUUUUUUACAGAGAGCAAGCUGUUUUUCUUAUUUUUGUAUCCUUUUUCAGAUGUAAUUUUUACCUUUGCUCCGAUCCUCAUUUGCUGGUGUGGGUGAGGGAUCCGGUGGCAUGGGCUGGUUUCACCCGCUUCACGAGGGGCUGCAGAGUCACACGCUGGUGCCAGGGGUGCUUUGGGGGGAGCUGCGCCGAUCACCAGAUUAAGCACAUGUCCUAUCCCAGGCAGUGGAGCGGAGCCCCCGUGGCUCUGGACUGCGCGGACAUUGGCGUCAGGAUGACCACACGGCGGCCUUUCCCGAAUGGGGACAGAACCCGCUCUGAGCCGUGGGUCUGGCUCCUGUAGGGGACUGGCUCUCUUGGUGCACCAGGGGAGGGGGACAUACCCCAGUGAACCCCACCUUGGCGCCUGAGGCAACACAGGGUGGGCACUGACCCACUCCCAGGGGCGGCUGCAGAGGCCGUGCCCACAGACGAUGGCCACACCUCUCUCCCCAGGGCCCGGCAGUGCCCAAGGGUGGGUCCGGGGCCUCGGGGCCAGUGAGCGCCUCUUCCUAGGUGCUGGGAUUCAGUCCCCAAACACAGCGGGAGGGGUCCCUGGGGCAGAUGGGGCUUUACCAGCGUCGGGUGGUUUAGUUCGAGUCCCUUUUGUGGAGAAAGGGAGAUGAAAACUGACCACGUGCCAGGUGUGGCCGCAGCCCCCCAGGGAGGGCCACAUUCGGGGAGCGGGGGGUCGGGGGAGGGCCACCGAUUGGCUCUGCUGCCAGCACAGGCCUCUCCCUGGAAGUCCUUGGGAGCAGAGCGCGGAUCGGCACGGGCUCUGGGCUCCCCGUGGAGAGAAGCUGUAGUUUUUACCAAAUUGUGUACAUCUGGGCAGAUGUUUAAUUUCUGUGACUAAUCAGUCAACUAGAUGAAUGUUAAAUUUUUUAUGUCUGAAGCCUGAGUCUAUUUUGGAUCUGUAAAUAAUCAUUGCCAGUGUGACUUUUGUUCAACAAAAGGAUUGUACUGUAUUAAGAACCGAUGAAAAAAAUUCUCCUGUAACAUUUUUUUAAGAAAACUUUGUUUGUUUAAAGAAAAAGUAUUGUAUAAAUUAUAAUUUUUAUUUAAAUAAACCUAAAAUGCUUUGUGCUAA